AUGCCUCCCGCCUUCCUGCUGCUGCUGCUGCUGCUGCUGUGGGUCCAGGGCCCUGUCUCAGGUGCCCCCAUGGAGCGCGUGUACUCAAAAUUGCAGCACUUCGAAGGGGAGACUCUGUCUGUGCAGUGCUCCUACAAGAGCCGCAAAAACCACGUGGAGGGUAAGGUUUGGUGCAAAAUCAGGAGGAGGCAGUGCGAGCCUGGGUUCACCCGUGUGGGGGUGCAGGGGCCACGCUACUUGCUGCAGGAUGAUACCCAGGCCAAGGUGGUCAACGUCACCAUGGUGGCCCUCAGGCGCCAGGACUCGGGCCGGUACUGGUGCAUGCGUAACAGCUCCGGCAUCCUCUACCCUCUGAUGGGCUUCCUGCUGGAAGUGUCUCCAGCCUACAUAACCAAGGGAAACACCCCUCUCACGAAGCUGCCCAACAUCCUCCAGAGUGCAACGGUCGUCGCCACAGGCCCAGCGCCCACCUCAGGCCCUGCUGGCCCUUUCAUCAGCCAGGCGACAGUGUUCACAGCUGGACUCCUCACCGUGGCCAGGCCAUUGCCUUCCCCGACCUCAGGGAACACCAGACGGACCUCGGUGAUGGGCUCCAGUUUCUCCAGCACCGGCCUGUCCACCAUGGGGCCUGGGAAGGCCACUGGGUCCCAGACAGCGACUGCGUCUCCCAGCAACACCCGAGCCUCCGCUGUGGGCCCAGCCUCCGCCUCCACGAAGGCCGCGCACCUCUGCACUGCGGGAGCCCCCACCAUGGGAAUGUACCCCACCAGAAGAACGCUCCUCAACCACUUAAUCCCCAGCAGAUACCUGGACUUUUACCCUGUGGUGCUCGUGGGGGUGCUGGCGCUGUUCCCCGUGCUUGUGAUCAUGGUCUAUGGCUUCUGGAAGAAGAGACACGUGGGAAGCUACAGCAUGUGCCGUGACCCCGCCAGAUCCUGCAAGGACUUGCCAGCAAGACCGGAACCUCCGUGGAGGCCCGCUUGGUCUGAAGCCACUUCACUGUGGGGUCCCGGUCACCAGCGGAGCCCACACCCCCACUGCGGCCUGCUGGCCGGGCCCUCCUGGGACAGCUGUGACCAGGCAGCUGACAGCGCUCGCCUGCAGGGCCAGCCUGUCCCUAGACCUGACGAGAUCUUGCACAAGGCACCCUGCGUCUGUUCUCCACAAGGGAAGGGUGACAUGGAGCCUGUCGGGCUGCUCAUCCUGCUCGCUGUCACAGAGCUGUCCGGAGCGCACAACACCACGGUGUUCCAGGGCACGAUGGGCCGGUCCCUGCAGGUCUCCUGCCCCUACAACUCCUUGAAGCACUGGGGGAGACGCAAAGCCUGGUGCCGCCAACUGGGUGAAGAAGGCCUGUGCCAGCACGUGGUCAGCACCCACCCCUCGUGGCUGCUGUCCUUCCUGAAGAGGCGCAACGGGAGCACUGCCAUCAUGGAUGACGCCCUGGGGGGCACACUCACCAUCACACUGCGGAAUCUUCAAGCCCACGACGCUGGCCUCUACCGGUGCCAGAGCCUCCAUGGCAGUGAGGCUGACACCCUCAGGAAGGUCCUGGUGGAGGUGCUGGCUGACCCCCGUGAUUACCAGGACCCUGGAGAUCUCUGGAUCCCUGAGGGGUCUGAGAGCUUCGAGAAUGCCCAGGUGGAGCACAGCAUCUCCAGGAGCCUUUCGGAAGAGGAGAGCCCCUUCCCACCCACUUCCGUCCUCUUCCUUCUGGCCUGCAUCUUUCUCAGCAAGCUUCUAGCCGCCACUGCCCUCUGGGCUGCAGCCUGGCAUGGGCAGAAAAAACAGCCACCCCAGACCAGUGGAUCGGACUGUGGCCACAACCCAGGUCACCAGCUCCAGACUGUGACAGAGCUGAGAGACGUAUGA